AUGGAUGAUAAACUUGAACCAUUUUCAGAACUUCCAUGGCAUUGGAUAAUUGAAACCCUAGCAGGUUUCAAAGAAAUCCCCUUAUCCAUUUUACAAGGUUUGAUUGAUGCAGCACCUGUAAGGCGUGAUGGUUUUUGUGAAAAUACUAAGGAAUUGGUUGCUUCGAGGUGUUUGGAGGAACUUUAUGCUUCGUUUUCUUCUUCAACGUUGGAUUCUAGAGUUGAAUUUGAUUCUUCGCGAUCUUGUGAAGAUGUUCUUCAAGAAAUAUUGCAUGAGGUGCCUUUAUCAAAUCUGAGAAUUGCUGGAGCAGGGCUAUUGAAAUGGGAUGUUAACCCAUUUAUCGCACACAAAAGAGCUGACAAUGUGAAAUGUCACUUAGAGAAGCUGAAAGAAUCAAUAUUGGAAGGUACACUGCCACUUACUGAUCAUUUAAAAGAGAGGAGUGGAUUAUUCCCAACGAAUCAGCCUCAUACAAUAUGUGUGAAUGAUGGUAAAUGCAGUGAUCAUUCAGUGAAGGAUGAUGGGAACUCUACUUAUGCAGAAGACACGGGAGCAAAAGAAAACUCAGCUUGUAUAAAUGAACGUGAUGAAUUCUUAAGUACCAAAAGGACUAAACGUAGUGCAUCGGCAAAUUUUGAUUCCAAGAAAGAAAAGCAAGUUUCUCAGUGUGAAAAGGAAGUAUCAGAAAACUCGACUGAAAAAGUUCUAAUUUUUGAGGAUGUAGGGCAUCACACCGGAAAGAAAAACAGGGAAGCUCAGAGUGAUGGAUCCUUAGAGGCUAGUCAUAAUAGGUGUUCUGCUUCAAAUUUAUGUCAGUCAAGUGGUCAAAAUGAAGCCUUUCAUGCUGAAUCAGAUAUUGCCUUUAAGGCAACUUUGACGCCUCAGCAGAAAACUUCUGGAGGUAAAACCCGGUCUGAACCUGAACCAGAUUUGCAAAUUAAAGAUUUAAAAUGUUCCCAGCAGACUGCUAGUAGUGUUAAAGCUCAAGAUGAUACUGGUCAUGGUUGUGGGAUAGAGAUACCAGGUGAUACAGUUGCGUACCAAGGUAAAAAGAUUAAUCUUGUAAUGAAAAAGCACAAAAAGAGAAGUCUUGAUACAAAGUGUAGCGAAGGUGGUCAAUUACUGGUUUGUGAAGCGGUUACUGGCCCACUAUUGGUUCCUGAAAGUUGUAUUGGUAUGACGACUAACAUUUAUCCUAAGCAUACAUCUGGAGUUGAUCCUUGCCAUAAUAAAUAUAUAGAUGAAACUAACGAUACUGUACAUGUUGAGCCCAUUCCAACAUAUGAUGGUAAUGCAAAUAAAAUUCAGCAGAAGGAGCCAAAUGUUGCAUCUAUAAAUGCCUCUCGGAAGCCAGUUGCUAGUGACAAAGCUGUAGUUGAUACUGUCAAUGAUUGUGGAGCAGAGUUAUCAAAUGGUAGUGAUGAGUAUCACAACGAAAAGAUUGAUUUUGUAGCCAAAAAAGAUGAAUUCCUGAACUCCCAGCACACUUUUGGUCAAGAUUUGCCAGCAAUGACUGAAUCAACCAGACAAAAUCUUUGCAUGAAGUGCAAUGAAGCUGGGCAAUUACUGGUUUGUAAAACUACCACUUGCUCAAGGAUGGUGCAUAAAAACUGCCUGGGUGCAUCUGCUCAGUUGGAUGCAAAGGGAAACUUUUUCUGCCCAUUUUGUGCUUAUUCUCACACUAUUUCAGAAUAUCUUGAAGCCAAGAAAAUAGCUUCAUUGGCAAGGAAAGAAUUAGCUAUCUUCAUUAGUAAGGGUAUAAGAAAAGAAGCUGUAGAACAUGUUCAUGAAUCAGGUAGACAAGAAUGUACUUUUUCAAGAAAGAGUUAUAAGUGCGAGCAUACUCCGUUAACAGUGAAUGAAGAAAAUAAAGAAGAUCGUGCUGGUGAGAAUUCAAAUAAAGUUGGUAAUUUUCCUUUUGAAAGAAGUCAGAAACAAGUUCCUAUUUCAGUGAUUCACUCAUCAUCCUUCAGAGAAAAGGAAAAUGUAAAUAAUGAGUUAGCAGGUGAUGUAAGAGAAGAGGAUGACUGUGAAAUGCUGAAUGCAAAGAGCUUAACUGGUGAAAGAGUUGAAGACAGAGAAAUGGAAACUGAUCAUGCAGGUGGACAUGGAAAUGAAAAGUUUUCUUGUAAAAAGCUAAAGAUUGUGUGUGCUAAUGAAAGUAAUGAUGAAGAAGUUCUGCAGAAUAUGACAGAGCACAGUAUGGAUGGAACAGUAGAGCCAGUUUGGGCUCACAAUACUGUAAAAGAAGAAAUUUCUAAAGAUGAAUGCAAGAAGCGUAUUAUUUCUAGAUACUCCAUGAGAUUUCGUAUGCAUGGAGUUCAGAACAAAAUCCAAGAAAGCUCUCAGAUAAGACGGAAAAAAAUCCCAUGGACAGCUGAGGAGGAAGAGCUUAUACAGGAGGGGGUCCAGAAGUUUGGUUUCAGCGACUCAAAUCUGCCAUGGAAGAAAAUUUUGGCAUUCGGUUCUCACUUGUUUGAGAAGAAUGACAGGCUUCGAACUCCACAAGACUUAAAGGAUAAAUGGAAAAACAUGUGCAAAGCAAACUCAAAAUUGAAAUAA